GAAGGGGAGACAGUCGUGGAGAGAGGCGGCGGUGGAGGUUUGGGGCGCGCCUUAUAGCGGAGGAGGGGGAUGUCCAGUGUCCCUUCCAGAUGGGAGAUAAGAAAGAUGAUGCGAUGGCUGCUCAUGUCGAGAAAAUCACCCUGGGAAUAAGCAAGAUCCUUGAGUCGUCUCCAGGGGUGACUGAGGUGAAGAUUGGGGAGAUGACACCUGCCGAGCGUCACACUAUAGUCUCCUGGGAGCAGAAACACUCCUGUCUGUUACCAGAAGAUCUGAAGAACUUCUAUCUGAUGACUGAUGGCUUCCACAUGUCCUGGUCUGUGAAGCUGGACGAUAACCCAGUCCAGGUCGGCUCCAUGGUAAUCAAUAGCAUUUCCAACCUGAUUCACCUGAGAGGCUCCUCGUCCUGCUCACUGCCAAACUCCCCGACACUCGCAGACCUGGAUGAUGACUCUGACGAGGAAGGCCUUCCGGAAAAACCACAUUUUGAUUCGCGGAGCGUGAUUUUCGAGCUGGAUCCAUGUAAUGGAAACGGAAAAGUGUGUCUGGUGUACAAAAAACACAAAUCAGGGGAGACGUCUCCUGACCCGACCAUCUGGUUCCUGGACCGCGCUCUCUACUGGCACUUCCUUACAGACACAUUUACAGCUUAUUACCGGAUACUUCUGUGUCACCUGGGGCUUCCACAGUGGCAAUACUCCUUCACCAGCUACGGGCUGAGCCCACAGGCCAAGCAAUGGAUGAACCUGUACAAGCCCAUCACCUUCAGCCCCCUGCAGCUGUCCGAGGAUCCAGACUCCUUCCUCAACAAACUGGACCCAAACAAGAUCUUCAAGGGCAAAAACAAGACCCCGGUAACCAAGAAGAAACUGCCGGGACCACCCACAGGGUACCAGAAGAAUCCACUAUCUUCUUCCAAAAAACCGGAGCAGCCUGCUGUGCCCCGGAAAUGACAUUACCAGCCCCUCAGGGGUAGUGGGUUCUGCAUCUUCUUAUUUAUUCAGAUGUGUACAUACACUGGGGUCACUGGAUGUAAAUGAUCAUUUUAUAUUUAUUUAUUUUAUUAGUUAUUUCAAAAUAAACUCAACUAAUGAGCGAUUACUCCAAUAUGUCAUUUAAUGCGCAAAUUCAGACUAGAGAUGUGCGAAUUGAUUCAUCUCAUCAACAGGUUUUGUUCACAGGGGGGGGGGGCACCGCAGCUGAAGAAGCGCCCACCGAAGUAGAACCUCUGCCCCUGCUUUGAGAAUUAGGUAGGAAACUAUCAAGGACGGGCUAAACAUCCAACCCUGUCAAUCGAGCGGCAGAUGAAGAAUUCCUUAUGAGAUGAAUGGAUUCACCCUUCUCCACACCAGAUGAAUGCAUAGACUGUCUCAGGACCAGAGUGAUUCCUCAUUAGACUCCGUUCACAUUACGUCUGCAGACAUACAUUGCGAGGAUUUACCAACGUACAACUCCAACAGAAAGCUGCAAUAAAUGUCUCUGCAGAGCAAGGAUCCGCAACCCUUCGGCUCCAGCUGUUGUGAAACUACAAUUCCCAGCAUGCUCCAUUCAUUUAAAUGGGAGUUCUAAGAAGAGCAGAGCAAUUAUGCAUGCUGGGAGUUGUAGUUUCACAACAGCUGGAGUGCCGGAGGUUGCUGACCCCUGCUGUAAAGGCAUAAAGUGACGUGGGCUCCGAUUUCCAAAAAAGUGUGUUAUACUGUGCUUUUUAUUUUCACUGUAUUCUUCUUUUACUGUAUCUCCCAUUUAAAGGUUGUGGUGAUA